UCCUUGCCACUUCUCUCUAAUAAUCUCUCUCCUCUCUUCUGAGCUCUGGAAACUUUUAUCAAAAAAAAUACAUAAAAAUCUAGAAAACUAAAAAAAACAUUUUAAAAAAUGUUCUCCAGGAAAAAAAUUCAGGUUUUAGGAGGUUUAAUUCUGGUUCUUCAGUUAUUUGUGUUUACUUCUGCUCAACGACGCAGUUCUAACCCUGAAUGGUUGACACUUGACGGAUCCCCUCCUUUAGUAAUUGCACGAGGUGGAUUUUCAGGGUUGUUUCCAGAUUCUAGUGCAACUGCAUACCAGUUUGCAGUUGGGGUUAGUGUGCCUGAUUUGGUGGUAUGGUGUGAUGUUCAAUUAUCAAGAGAUGGAAUUGGAAUAUGCUUCCCUAAUAUCAAACUGGACAAUUCCUCUGCCAUUCAAAAUGUAUUUCCAAAUGCGAGUAAUUCGUAUGAUGUUAAUGGUGUACCUACAAAUGGGUAUUUCUCCAUCGAUUUUACUUUUGAGGAACUAUCAACAGUCCCUUUAACUCAAGGAAUAUAUACUCGAAGUCCUGCUUUUGAUGGUGCAUUCCCAAUUCAGAGUGUUGAGGAGGUGUUUAUACAAAGCGAACCUGCAGGUUUCUGGUUAAAUGUUCAGCAUGAUGAAUUCUAUAGCCAGCACAAUUUGAGCAUGAGGAGCUUUAUCCUUAAUGCUUCACAGAACAUUAGCAUAAGCCAUAUCUCAUCACCUGAGGUCAACUUUUUGCGAGGACUUGGAAGGCCAUUGGCAUCAACCAGAACAAAAUUGGUUUUACGGUUUCUUGACGAGGAUGCAAUAGAACCUUCAACCAACCAGACUUAUGGUUCUCUUUUGACAAAUCUCUCCAUGAUUACGACAUUCGCUUCUGGGAUCCUUGUCCCGAAGGCAUAUAUAUGGCCUCUCGAUGCAACAUCGUAUCUGCUACCUCAUACUUCUCUGGUGGAAGAUGCUCAUAGAGUUGGGCUUGAAGUUUUUGCUGCAGAUUUUGCAAACGAUGUAUCUAUUGCCUACAACUACAGUUACAACCCAGUUGCCGAGUAUGGUUUUUUCAUUGACAAUGGGGACUUUUCUGUGGAUGGUGUGCUGUCUGACUUCCCAAUAACACCAUCAGAAGCCAGAGAUUGCUUUGCCCAUCUUGGCUCAAAUGCAUCAGCACAAGCUAAGCCCUUGGUUAUAUCUCACGAUGGAGCUAGUGGGGACUUCCCUGGUUGUACUGAUGAAGCAUAUGCACAUGCUAUUAGAGAUGGUGCAGAUGUGAUUGACUGCCCAGUUCAAAUGUCAAAUGAUGGCGUACCUUUCUGUUUGAGCUCUGUCAAUCUCUUGAAUAACACAUUAGCCACACAAUUCAGGACCCUUAUGUCAACUGUUGAUGAAAUUCAGCCAGCUCCUGGAUUAUUCACAUUUAGUCUCAGCUGGACUGAUAUUCAAGGCUUGACUCCUGUGAUAUCCAGUCCAUACUCAGAUUCAUUACUUCUGAGAAACCCAAAAUUCAGGACUGCCGGAAGAAUUGUGUCCUUGGCCGAUUUCUUGAACUUAGCGAAAAAUUCUUCUUCGCUCUCUGGUGUGUUGAUUAAGAUAGAGAACGCACAAUACCUGGCAGUUAAUCAGGGGAUGAGUAUAACUGAUGCUGUUUCGGAUGCUUUAGACGAAGCUGGUUAUAACAGUUCAACAGCAACAAAGGUUAUGAUUCAGUCCACCAGCAGCUCAGUACUCAAGGCAAUGAGGAGGGAUAAUUAUGAGCUUGUCUACGAAGUCGAUGAGACAAUUAGUGGAGCCCUGAAUGACACCAUUGCAGAUAUCCAGACUUUUGCUGAUUCUGUUGUUGUGGACAGGAUGUCUGUCCUUCCAUUUAAAGCAGGGUUCCUUCAAAAUAUGACAGAUGUUGUGUCACAGUUUCAAGCAUUUAAUCUUUCUGUGUAUGUUCAGGUUCUCAUGAAUGAGUUUAGUAGCAUACCAUUCGACGCCUUCUCUGAUCCUAUAGUCCAGAUUAAUACAUUCGUUAAUGCUGCUAAUGUUGAUGGUGUCAUUACGGACUUCCCCAAAACUGCUGCUGCAUACAAGAGGAAUCUAUGUCUGAAGAUGGAUGAGACACCAGCUUACAUGAUGCCAGCUCAACCUGGUGCUCUGAUGUCACUGGUUGGGCCUGCUCCUGGGCCUACUGCUGGGCCUGCUCCUGCAGCAGCUCCUACACCACUCCUCACAGUGGAAGACGUGGCAGAGCCACCUCUUCCCGCGGUGGUGCCAUCAAGUGCUUCAUCCCCACCAGAAGCAACCCCGACAUCAAGACCGACAAAUGGCCAACAACAAGUUGCUGUUUCUGGCUUGUUAUCCCUUCUAGCUUUAAUCGUGGCAGCUGCUCUUCUCUUCUGAUAGGAUUCGUGUUCUUCGUACAUACAUGAUUGUUUUGCAGAGUAUUAAUUCCUCCCAUACAUGAUUUUUUGAAUUUGUUUCCUUGUUCAUCCCUUUUCCCUCUCCCUCCAAAUGUGGAGCUUUUAGGGUAUAUUUAUAACAUUUGUAUUACGAUUUAUAAUUUAAUGAGUCUUCUUUUUGUUUGAAA